UUGCGCAUGCGCGCAGGAGGCCAUGUUGUUGUAGUUCGGUGGUACUGGUCCGUCAUAUCCCUCCUUUACUGUAUGUCUCUGCGAUCAUCACCCCCUCCCGUUUUUGACAUCGGGGACACGUAAAUAAACCGGAGGGCGCAAACGGUGACUCGCACAAUGAAUUUAAGCCUGGAUCUGUCGCGCAGAAACCCUCAGGAGGACUUUGAGUUGAUCCAGAGGAUCGGGAGCGGAACCUAUGGGGAUGUAUACAAGGCUCGUAAUGUCAACACUGGAGAACUGGCUGCUAUCAAAGUCAUCAAACUAGAGCCAGGAGAGGACUUUGACGUGGUGCAGCAGGAGAUUAUUAUGAUGAAAGAUUGUAAACACUCAAACAUUGUUGCAUAUUUUGGCAGUUACCUCAGGAGAGAUAAAUUAUGGAUCAGCAUGGAAUACUGUGGUGGAGGCUCGCUCCAGGAUAUUUACCAUGUUACUGGGCCGUUGUCAGAAUCCCAAAUUGCAUAUGUAUGUCGGGAGACUCUGCAGGGUGUUUACUAUCUCCAUAACAAAGGCAAGAUCCACAGAGAUAUAAAGGGUGCAAAUAUACUGUUGACGGACAAUGGCUAUGUCAAGCUAGCUGAUUUUGGAGUUUCAGCUCAGAUAUCAGCCACUUUAGCAAAAAGAAAGUCCUUCAUUGGAACUCCAUAUUGGAUGGCACCUGAGGUGGCAGCAGUUGAACGGAAAGGUGGAUACAAUCAGCUGUGUGAUAUUUGGGCUGUGGGCAUCACGGCUAUUGAGCUGGCAGAGUUAGAGCCGCCAAUGUUCGACUUGCACCCCAUGAGAGCACUCUUCCUAAUGACCAAGAGCAGUUUCCAACCACCUAAGCUGAAAGACAAAGUAAAGUGGACAAAUAAUUUCCACCACUUUGUGAAAAUGGCUUUGACCAAAAAUCCCAAAAAGAGACCAACGGCUGACAGAUUACUGCAGCACCCAUUCGUUACCCAACCACUUAGCCGGACUCUAGCCAUUGAGCUACUGGACAAAGCCAACAAUCCCGACCACAGCACACACAGUGAUGCAGAGGAGGAUGACAUUGACCCAGAGUCUCCCGUGUCUGUUCCGCAUCGAAUCCGCUCAACUAGCAGGAGCUCACGAGAUGGAAAGACUCUCUCUGAGAUUAACUUUGAUAAGGUGAAGUUUGACCCGCCCCUGAGAAAAGAAACCGAACCGCAUCAUGAGAUGGAUCUACCAUUAGAGCCCCAAAGCAUUCUGGGAAAUAACAAGAGUCUAUUAAAAUCUGUUGCUGAAGAGCUCAAUCAAAGGGGUCAUGUGACACAUUUAGAGGAUGAGGAGGAGGAUGAAGGUGAUGAUUUGCACAGUAACUCCACUUCAACCAUGAGGCCUAAAGUUCCGCCUCCUCUGCCGCCUAAGCCGAAGCUUCUGUCUCCCGGUCAGAACAGUACCGCCUCAGAGGACAACACCGGAGAAGGGACCAUUAAACGUUCCCCAGCUUCUGCAAGCUCCACCCCUCCUGUUCGGCCUACUUCCUGUGUGCCCCCCAGACCGCCGCCUCCUCGCCUGCCUCCACACAGGCGUAGUAGCCUAGGUAACAAACCAUCUGCGCAUGAGCAGACAGAGCCAGCAAGGGAUGAUGAGAUUUAUAGGUUCUGGGAUUGGCUUCAUGCUGAACAACAGGAAGAACAAAGUAAUGGGGUUUCUGUCCAGCAGAAUGGAGAGAAGGAAAAACUGGCCUCCCUUCCCUCACCUAAUCUAAAUCUUCCAUUCAGUAAUGGUCUCCCACCGACACCUAAAGUUCAUAUGGGAGCUUGUUUCUCUAAAGUGUUUAACGGCUGUCCCCUAAAGAUUCACUGUGCCUGUUCUUGGAUAAAUCCAAACACCAGGGAUCAGUAUUUGAUUUUUGGUGCAGAGGAAGGAAUUUACACCCUCAAUCUGAACGAAAUCCAUGAGAGCACAAUGGAACAGCUGGUCUCCCGGAGGUGCACGUGGGUGUAUGUCAUGAACAACUGGCUGCUUUCAAUAUCAGGUAAAGCAUCUCAGCUGUACUCUUACAACCUGACGAUGCUUUUUGAGCAAGCUCGACAAAUGCAGAAGUUACCUGUUGCCAUACCAACACACAAACUCCCAGACAAAAUCAUCCCCCGGAAGUUUACUGUGUCCAAUAAAAUACCAGAUACGAGAGGUUGUCAGAAAUGUUGUGUAGUACGAAACCCAUACACCGGUCAUAAGUACUUAUGUGGAGCUUUCCAGUCCAGCGUAAUGCUAUUUGAAUGGGUGGAAGCAAUGCAGCGCUUCAUGCUGAUAAAGAGCAUAGACCUCACCCUGCCGUGUCCAUUAGAAAUCUUUGAGAUGUUGGUGGUUCCUGAGCAGCAUUAUCCUCUGGUUUGUGCUGCCGUCAGUAAAGGAAGUCAUCCUGAUCAGGUGGUCACGUUCGGCACAGUUGAUCCCAAUGCCGCCAACCCGGCGUUCACAGAGUCUGAAACACCUCAGACAUGUGUCAUUCAUGUGACUCAGCUGGAGAGAGAUACCGUCCUAGUGUGUCUGGAUCGGUGUAUAAAGUUGGUGAAUUUACAGGGCAGGUUGAAAUCCAACAGAAAGCUGUCAACUGAACUCACCUUUAACUUCCAGAUUGAGGCAAUAGUGUGUCUGCAGGACAGUGUUUUGGCGUUCUGGAAGCAUGGAAUGCAGGGAAGAAGCUUUAAAAACAGUGAGAUUACUCAGGAGAUCUCUGAUAACUCGCGAAUCUACAGGCUGCUGGGCGCAGACAGAGUGGUGGUGUUGGAAAGCAAGCCAACAGAAGACCCUACAGCUCAAAGUAAUCUGUACAUCCUCGCGGGCCACGAGAACAGCUACUGACAACACACUGCCUUAACACACACUACAUAAUGCACGCUACAAAGUACAUGUCCUGAGACUUAUACACCUCAUGUUCAUUAAUGAAGCUACCGAGCAAAACACUACAGAAGAAAAAAACACUCAAAGUUGAAAUUAAACACUACCGAUUUUAAUAGCAAAAGUUUUGGUUUGGUAUGAUGCCAGGACCUGGUACCUCAUAUCAAUACAAGCAGAUGUAAGUAAACCGUUUAAUAUGCGUGUUAGAUUCGCAUAGCAUGUAACGGCAAAUCAAGUGAUUUAAAUUAAUUUCCGGUUAAUACAUUCUAUUUUUGGUGUAGUACAGGUUUAACAUCUUUUUUUUUUUGUACUGCCGAACUGCGUGAACUUACUAUAGAUGCAUUUCAGACCUUGAUACACAACCAUCAGUACUGUGCGGCAUUAGAUACGGAGAUAACUGAUGUGAAAACAAAAACAAGUCUAGUACAAAAGUUGUCUAAAAGAGGACACAAAUACGGCUUUUUAUAUCUGGCAUGAUAUGCAGGUGUUUUACCAUCUUGUCAGCUUUGUAGCUUUCAGUACUGCCCUGUAAACUGCCCUCCUCUCUGUCAUGCUAAUAACAGUUCACAAGGAACGCAUUCUCGCAUUUAAAAAUAGAUAGAAAAACAAUUAGCAGAAUGGAACGCAAAAUCACGCUCUGUGUGAAGCAACUGUAAGCCUAAAAAAACUCUCUUUCUCUACAUUUCCCUCGUUUGGAGUCAUAUUAGUAAAAUUUCUAUGAAAUUUUGAGGGUAAGAAAAGGGCAUUUUUCGUGUGCGGAGACACGUGAAGCACUUUCAAACCAAGCAAUUUUCUGUUGGUCAGGGCAGCAACUUAAUGUGACGAAUUUUAAGCCAAUGUGAAAUCUGCUAAAUAACUGCUCAUGUAACCGCACUUAAGGCUUCAGUAAGUUUCAUGUCUCAUUAGAUCCAUAUUUCCUUAUUAACAGCACAAUAACAGACAGUGGAACCGUAGUGCAGGUGUUUCUGAUGUUUUGUAAAUUAUAAACGUUAAUGAUUUAUAGAACGUUCACACAGAAUUCAUUUUUGCAUUUAAGAAAUGUGAGGCCUAGGUCAGUUGAAUGGAAAAAAAUGUCUUUCUAGAGACACAUUUAAAAAAAACAACAACAACCAUCUUAACUUGAGAACCACAUUUUUUAAAAAGUAAUUUCAGUCUAGCACAUGUUUGCAUACAAAACAAUGAAAAAACAGUGCAGAGAAAUACAAAAACGUGUUCUCUAUGAAUAGAAAAAAAGUCCUCCAGUGAAGCAAAAUGUUUUUCCUUAUUAGUUGUUAAAUACAUGAGAUUAUUUUGUUGGCUUGUUUAAAUAUACACUAGGGGGCGCCAUGUUUCAUGUCAUUGUUCUGCCGCUCGUGUUACUUAAACUGAGGUAAAAGGUUUUAGUUACCGCAUCCAGACAUAACAGAUAAUUAUAAAUAUUUUCAUCAAAAUGUAAUCAUUCAUGAAUGAUGCUAAUUUAUUCAUACUGUAAUGAUAUCUUCAAAAAAGUACUGUGGCCGUAGCAGGGUAUAGUGGUAUCAGAUGGCAAUAUACACACAAAGACACACACAUAUAUAUAUAUAUAAAUGUGUGUGUGUCAUGGUUCUGAAUGAUGACCCUAGUCACAUAGCGUGGUAUUUACUUGGUACUCAAGGUACGUCAAACAGUACCAUGGUUUUACCAUAGUGUAAUGUCCAUACAUUUAUGAAAUUCCACAUUAAGACUACUUCCUGAUACUGUAACACCAUCUUGAGCCACCUUAUGGGAAUGGAGUGAUUUUUAGAGUUUUUCUAUUUCAUUAUUUAUGCAGAAAGGCCAAGUGUCAUGUUUUAGUUGAUUACCAAGCACUGUUAUUGAAGGUUUGCACAAUACGUUUGCUCACUUCUGCAUUUCACUGCGUGCUGUGUGUGUUAAAGGAUGAGUGUGCACUUACAGGCUGUAAUGUUAAUAGUAAGAGUAUAACAGAUAAAGAAAUCCUAUUUAUUAGGCUCACUGAAAACCGAGUAGAGAUGACGUCUUCAGAAUGCAGUAUGUGUAAAUAAGAAAUUGGAAGUCAGAAAAAGCUCUCUUUCUAGAAUGUAGCUGUCUGUGAAGCUUUUUGGAAUUUUCAUCCGUUCGAAUCACAUAUCUGAAUACUAACUGUUCUUUUUGUGUCAAAAUAGCAAAGUCAUGUUUCGUUUUAUCUGAAUGCGCAAAUUUAGCAUGUCGUGUCUACCUCUAACAUGCAUCUAAAGAUCAUACGCCAUUAAAACCCUACUGCAAAUAAAGCAUUUCCCUAGCAGCAUUUUUAAACCCCGGGCUUGUCACAUGAUCUAUGAUUUUGUCAAGACCCAAAUUAAAGAGUGUCUGAGCCUAAUCUCCAGUAACAUUUACUCUAUACGUUUGAAAGAGUCAUAAUUGUGUUAUUGGAUGCUUUGAGAACAGAGCGUGUGUCUACUACUCCAUAUUCACUACAGCAGCAUUUACUUGUGUGAUGUGAUGCACAUGUCUUGUAUAUAGUGUAAAAUAAUUUGAGUUUUACAGACUGUAUAAAGCCAAUAUUUUGUUUCAAAUGUGAAACUCUUUUAUGAGAUUUAACACAUUAAACCAAGGUGAAAAAAUAUCAAA